AUGAAGAACGUAGCGAAAUGCGAUACUUGGUGUGAAUUGCAGAAUCCCGUGAACCAUCGAGUCUUUGAACGCAAGUUGCGCCCGAAGCCUCACGGCCGAGGGCACGCCUGCCUGGGCGUCACGCAUCACGUCGCCCCCCGACCUCCUCUAUACGGAGCGAUCGGUUGGGGCGGACAUUGGCCUCCCGUGUGCAUCAAGCUCGCGGCCGGCUUAAAUGAAUUCACGAGGCGCCCGCCGUCACGACAAGCGUUGGUUGAGCACUCAACUCUCUUCCUGUCGUGUUGGACGGAGCGUCGCGUACCCAUAGACCCAAAACGGUGUGACCCUUCGUACGCGACCCCAGGUCAGGCGGGACCACCCGCUGAGUUUAAGCAUAUCAAUAAGCGGAGGAAAAGAAACUUACGAGGAUUCCCCUAG